AUGGAUAGCGACGACGAGAUGAUGGUGCAGCUGUUCACGGAGGAGCAGAACGCUGAGCCUUUCUUCGUCGUGCCACGGCGCGACGGCUCAAAGCCAGGCAAUAGGAGGAACAUCAACCGGCAUCGUCAAGCCGACGCAAUGUUGCUUGACGCCGACUAUUUCAACGACGACGCGACUCAUUCGCCGAAGGAAUUUUGGCGCCGGUUUAGGAUAAACAAGGAGUUGUUCUUGAAGAUUGUCUACAGCGUCAGGGAGUACAACAAUUACUUCAUUGUCAAGCAAGAUUGCACAGGAUUUGUGGGGCUUCACCUCAAUUCAGAAGUGCACUGCUGCAAUGCGUUGUUUUGCAUACAGAGCUCCUCCAGAUACAUCCAAUGGCUACCUACGGAUGGCAGAGUCGACAUGUACAGAGACUCUCUACAGGGGAUCUACAAGGGGCAUGCUGGUGAGUGCAUUGUCAUUCUUGAGGCGGUGGCAGACCAUGACCUUUGGAUUUGGCAUGCAUUUUUUGGCAUGGCAGGAACAAACAAUGAUUUCAAUGUGUUGCAACGCUCUUCGGUGUUUGCCAGGCUAGCUGAGGGACAAGCUCCUGCCGUGAACUUUGAGAAAACGAGAUGGAAGCUUAUUUUGCAACAUACCAGGAAACAACUCUGCAAGGAUGUUGAGCGUGCUUUUGGGGUGUUUCAGCAUCGUUUCGCCAUAUUGUCAGGCUUCUGUCCAACCCUGAUACGUAACCAUCGUUUUCUCACCUCUCACAUGGGCCAUGUGCGCACUGGGCCUGGGCCGCAGCCCGUGCUCCAGCUGCUGGGCCUGCGCCACCAGCACGCAUCAUCAACGCUCAUGAAGGAAACCAAUCAGCCUAGAACCGAGUACAACUCAAUGACGUGA